AUGGAGAAACAAGCUCAACUGCCGAAAGAGGAAGCACUGAUGCAAGCUCCAGGAGCACUAGGCCACAGCGUCGUCGUUGUGGCUAUGAUUUGUCUGCGCCAAGAUUCCAUGCUUCUGUUGAGCCAAGCCAGCAUGGCAAGCACGCAGUCUUGCGAUACUCAAUUCCAGGUCAUUAACAACGAAUUCGUGGGAGACCCUUUCGCUUUACCACAUGUAUGCUUGCCAGUGAAGACUGCGCAGGAUAAAGUAGAGCGACUAGUAUACGGAGAAUGCAAGAAGAUCCGUGAUGAUAAGAAUUUAGCAGGAAGAAGCACCCUUCAAGCAUGGCACGACAUUCAAGACUUCAUAGAUGAAUGCUGCGGUGAAGUAAUAGACAUGCCGCUGCUGUACGCCAUCACGACGUCGAAGACGGAGCGGACGUAUGAGCUCAUCUUCCUGCAGCUCAAAGAAGAAUUGGAACGUCAUGGGGCACUCCAUAGGCUGAGGGUUGUGUUAGAUUUUGAGAGGGCUUCCAUAGCUGCAGCAAAGAAGGUGUUCCCUCAAGCGUCUGUUGAGGGUUGCGGAUUUCAUUUGGCUGUAGCUUGGAACAGAAAGAAAGACGCCCUGGGUUUGCGCAAGUAUCUAGCUGGAGAUGAUCGAGACUACGAAGUGAUAAGGUGGUGGGAGAGAGUGAAGGGAUCCAUCUUCUUGCCCUCACGCCUUCACAGGAGAUUACCCGCAUUACAACGACCUGAUCUAGACCGCACACAUGAAGCUUAUGAAAAGUGUUGCCAGUUUUUGCGCUAUCUUAAAACAACAUGGUACUCGGGCCCUUUCAAAAACUUGUGGAACAAAUGGGCAAUCGAGGACACAAGAACCACCAAUGCGGCGGAAGCUUUUCAUAGAAGGCUCGGAGAGAUGCUCAAAUGCAAAUACCCGUCAAUGUCCAAGCUGCUAAAACGCUUGCGCAGCUGCAACACAGAAGCUAAAGCAGAGAUUAUUCGCAUGGAAAGGAGGCGCACUGGUAAAGUACUGAAGAAGAGGGACAGGAUAAGACGCGCAAAAAUUCUUGCAGUGAUGAGGCGCUAUGAACAAGAAUUUUCCCCAAGCAAUCCCAUUCCCCGCACAACUAUGAUAUCAAUGUAUUGUAGAAAGAUGUCGCAGUUUGUGACUAAUAAAGUAAAUUGA